AAUCAGACAGAUGCAGUCGUUGCCACGGAACGCUGUAUAUCGGACAUUCGUACGUGGAUGCUUACGGAUAAGCUUAAAUCUAAUGACGACAAAACUGAGUUCAUGUUGAUUGGUGCGAAACAGCAACUUUCCAAAGUAAAUAUUGCUAGCCUUACCGUAUGGAGCAUUGAAAUUGCUCCUCUCACUGUGGCAACAAAUUUAGGGACAUGGUUCGAUUCUAAUUUGAAUCUCCAGGAACAGAUCCAUAAAACUUGCAAAUCUGGGGUUUUCCAUUUAUACAAUAUUCGGCGUAUCCGAAAGUAUCUGUCUCUGGAAUCUCUGCAGACACUUUGGUCCAUGCUUUUAUCAUAAAUCGUAUAGAUUACUGUAACAGCCUACUAUUUGGUUUACCCUCUGUUCAUCUACUUAAACUGCAACGCUUGCAGAAUGCAGCUGCUCGACUUAUAUCUAAUGUUCCUCGCACAUUCACAUAACACCAGGACUAUGUUCGUUACAUUGGCUUCCUGUCAAAUUUCGUAUUGAUUCUAAGAGACUUUCUCUUAUUUUUAAAGCUAUCUUCGGUCAUGCGCCUGGUUACUUGAUUGACUUCAUUGUUAUUAAAGAACAGCCGCACUAUAAUCUCCGUUCAGCUAGCGGUCUUCAGUUAUCUUAAAACAUCCUAGUUUAAAACUGAAAAAGACUUCAGGGUAUCGUGCUUUUUUCAUCUGCUUCCACUAACUCAUGGAACAAUCUGCGCUGCGCCUUCACAUCCGUCUUGGGCACAAUUUUGAACAUUUUAAAUCUUUACUUAAAACGCAUCUUUUUAGACUAGCUUUUCAUAUGUAAUGUUUUUUACCUACUAUGUAAUAUAUUUAGUGUUUUUAUUUACAUUUUUAGCGUUGUUUACUUUUUAGCUUUAAUUACUAUGUUCAUUUUAGCUUUUAUUUUCUUUUAACAUUUAAAGCAUCAGUUGUUGCGCGCUUCUGAUCAUAUUUACAUGGAAAAGGUGCGUUAUAAAUUUUAAAAUAUUAUUAUUAUUAUCAUUAUUAUUAUUAUUAUUAUUAUUAUUAUUAUUAUUAUUAUUAUAUUAUUAGUAGCACCACUGUGGGCAUUACAUUUUUAUUCACAAUGAAAAAUCACACAAAUCAUCAAAAGUAAUCAAUGUAAACUCCACUCCACUCGGUACAACACAUUUUCUGUAGGAUUUCAAGCAAAUGGCAGAAAAAAAAAUGCUUUAGACCUUUUUAUAAAUUUUCUAUUUAUGUGGAGAGUUGAAUGACUUUAUUUACCUAAGCUGUGUUUUCCUCAACCCUCUUGAUGCAUAGGAAGGGCCACUGAAACUGGAUGAGUGAAGAUACACUUGUACUAUUCAAAACUUCUCAUAAUUUAUUCAAAGUAUACGUACUAGUAAAAUUUGAUUGCUAAAAAAGCUUAAUGCGGUUAAUGCAGACUGUCGACUAUUAGCAGCAUUCGGCAUGAGUAAAUUAUCUUAAAACGAGGUAAAUGGGCUACCUACGGUAAGAGUUAAUGUGUCUUCACAUCUCCUUAAUGUUAAGCAGGGGUUCAGACUCACAAAGCCUCCCUGAAUUAGAACACACAUUACACCCUAGCUGUUGUAAGAUAACAAUAAGUUAUUGAUAAGGCUUAGUGAACUUAUCCCCUGAACUUUCCAGAGUCCAGGAAUCACUGCAGCAAUUUUUUUUUGGGAUAUCUAAGGAAAUACAUUCAUCAAAAAAAUGCAUUCACACAGUAAAAAUAACUUAAUUGUGAUCCACUGUGUUGGGGACUUAAAUUGUCCACGGUGACCUUACUUAUUUUUUUUCAUUUACGUAUUUUCCAGUCAAUGAUAGUAAAUUGCAUUUACUGGUAAAGCCUUUCGUUGUAUUCCUAACAAACAUGCAAUCAUGGGACCCUGUUCUGUGA